AUGCACGAUGAGAGCGACACGAGCGUUCCACUGGUUUCGUCAACUUUCGCAGAAUAUCAGAAUAUUCUACUGGUUUUAUUCCUUCUCGCGCAGCUGUUCGCCUUCUUCUUUUGUGUGCUGCAUUUUCUAUCUGGCUUCAUCAAACUCGGAUCAUGUGAAGAAUGUCUCUAUGAUGCAGCAGCCCUUUUAGCUGCGUCUUUAUGUACGGUUGGUUGCAUAAUUUUUUACAUUGUCACUCGCAGAACUCAAGAAAACAGCUAUUCGCCCGCACAAGUGGAAACAACUCGGAAUGAGUCGGAUCUCAUCUCAAGCACAACGACGAGCAUAUCAUUUUGGUUGAUGGUCGUUGGUACGGUAUUCUAUACUGUAGUGGCAGCGAUUUGUGUUGUCCUUCAUAAGAGCUGUAAGAAAAACGCUCGCAUUCUACCAGAACCGUUCUACGAAGCAGAUGGGCAGAAGGGCGCUCGAAAGAUCACAUUCGAUGCAUCGAGUGAACGGAGGCGGUUCGAUUACGAUGACGAUGGCUUCUCAAUGCCGUCAGUCCGAAAGCUGACACCUCAUCCGCGAUCGUGUUCCAUCAUCACUACUGAUUGA